GACCGGGGUCGCGGGAGAAUCCCUGGAGUCGCGUCGGGCCUUCAAGUCCCUAGUUGAGAAUCUGGAGGACCGGCACGCCCUCGACCUGCUGGUGUUACCGGUGAUGGUGAAGGAGGCUCUGCUGGACCAGGUGAAGCAGUCUGGAUUGGACUCGAAAGCAAAGCGGCACCAGGAAGGUCUAAUCCCAUUGGAAGCCAAUGGAUCAUUAAGCGUUUAUGAUCAUAAAGCAGAUAACUCACAUUCUGCUUAUGACAGGAUUAACGCCACGGAUGAUUUCAGAAAUGAAUUCCACACUCCGUUUCCCAGAGGCCUUACCCUCGACUCCCCGGAGUCUCCAGAACCCGAAUCCGAGACUCCUGCUGUUCCGUCGUCCGCGAGAAACCAAGAGGAGUUCGAGCACCUUCUCAAGUUCUUCAGCGCCAUGGGAUUCACCGAAGAGGUUGUGCGCGGCGUUCUGGCCCGAACCGGCCCUAAAGAAGCCUCGCAGCUUCUGGAUUUGAUUCAACAGGAGCACGACAAAACCAACCAGCGGAACAAUAACGACAAUGCGGUUAGCGAAACGCACGAGGCCAUUGAAGUAGGAGAGGAUAAUGCUGAAGAGGAAGACUUCGUGUUGGGGGUGUUGAAGAAGGCGGCGGCCACUUGUGGAUACACCGAGGACAGAGUAAUGGAAGCGUUUGGCAGUCUACCCGAGCUCAAGCCACACGAGCUGCUCAUGCAACUGCAGAAACAAGAGGUCGCCGAACACGCGAUUGGGACGAAAAUUGGUGGAAAGCAAGCUGAUAAGACGAUUGAUACAUAUCCAAUGGCAGAUUUUGAAAAAGUCGAUUCUGGGAGCGGAAACGGAGCGACAAAGCUAAGCAUGUCCAAACCGGUAAGCGUUCCCUCAGUGAGAGGCCCGCCUCAGACUACAUACGCCUUCGAAACCAUGGACCCGCCGGCACGAUCGCCUCCACGGAGGAUCAAACCAAGCAUAGAUCUCGGAUCCCCAAAUCUCCCCAAUCACGUCAUCGCGCCCAAACCGAGAGCGUCGGAAGCGUCUGUGGUCACGGGACCCCAGCGGUUCCUCGAGAGCCUGAAGACGCCAUUCAAACUGCAGCUGUCGGACGAGCCUGGCGACCCCAUGCUGCGUCAGGUCAUCAUCGACGGCAGCAAUGUUGCAAUGAGUCACGGGCUGGGGGUGUUCUUCUCCUGUCGAGGCAUCGCUCUGGCCGUCCAGCACUUCUGGGCGAGAGGACAUCGAGAAAUCACCGUGUUCAUCCCUCAGUGGAGGCAGAAGAACAACUCCAAGAACAAAGUGUGCUCUGUGUUUCCUGUAGAAAAGCAUUACCUGACUGACCUGCAUGAUCUGGGCUUCGUCAAAUACACUCCCUCCAGAGAGGUCGAGGGCAAGAGAAUCAACUCAUACGACGACCGAUUCAUGCUGGCGCUGGCGCAGGAGACGAACGGGGUGAUCGUGACGAACGACAACCUGAGGGAUCUCGUGGACGAGUCGCCCGCGUGGAGAGACAUCAUCAAGAAGAGUCUGCUCCAGUACGUGUUUGCUGGAGAUCUCUUCAUGUUGCCUGAUGAUCCCCUGGGCCGAGGCGGACCGCACCUCAGAGACUUCCUGCACAAACACCACCGCCACACGUUUGCAGGAUCGUCCUUCCCCGCUGCGCCACCCGCGCCCCGCGCUCACACCGAGCUCCUGCAGUACCGGGACCGGACCCCAGGGGGCAGAGGUCAGGAGGUCAGCGAGAGGUCGGUGGAGGAGACGCUGGCGCUGCAGCAGAGUCUGCUCCCCAUCUUCCCCGGCCAGGAGAGCGUGAUCGUCAUGAUCCUGCAGUGUCACCCGACGCUCCGAGACCUGGAGCGCAUCACACACCUCGUGCUGGAGCAGCAGGACUAACACUAGCAGCGCCUCACAGUGGACCGGAGGAAACCCGACACUCAUCUCAAUCAGAGCUCACACACUCGGGACCGUUUUUAAACUGUGCUUGCGCUUUUAGGAGACGUUUACAAUGUGUGCAACACUUUACAAUGAGCUACGGAAUUAACAAACUUUUAAAAUCAUUAUUAAAAUCAGAAAUGUAGUUAACGCACUGAACAAACAAGAUACGAAGAGUUCAG